AUCGUGAAUUACUUACCGGUAAGCUAAUUGGACGAGAUACUCUCAUUCACAAAUGCGUGGCUAUACAAUUCCCUAAAGUACCUACGCCGAUGAAGCAUGGCGCCCAUGUGACCUCUUACCGCCGCUUAGACCACGCACCUUGCCAUCGACCACACCGAGCAACGAAACCUACAGUUACGAGAACCUUACCCUUUUGAAGUGACACAAUACUCGAUCUAACGCGUAUGACGAGGCAACAUUGGGCAGCGAAUUUCCAGAGCCUGUCCGAGUGUCAGCUUGAGCAACGGGGCUCGCACGCAUAGCGCAUAGCCUGCCAUUCCACGACAAGGUCCGAACGCGGAGACCAGAGGAGUGCGACAAUGGCUCAAGUCCAGCGCCCCCUGAUAAUUCAAUCGCAGCUCGUUCGACUGUGCUGUCCGCUCAAGGCCCGUAGAACGCCAAGCUCGGUGUUUGCGAGGGGAACACACGACAAGCGAUUGCACACGGCAACCGUUACGGACAAUGACAUCGCGCGGCUGGCGAGCCUGCCAUUGCAUCCGCUCAAGCUCGCAGACCUUGUAAAACACGGACGUCCGCCGCUCACGACCUCGCAACUGCUCGCCUCCGCCAACUUUACGCUCUCAAUCCUUCCCGCUCGUCUUGCGCACCGAAUCCAGUCGCUCCGAAACCUGCCCUUCAUCGUCGUCUCAAAUCCACACAUCUCUAAGAUUCACGGGAACUAUGAACACAGUCUCUCCACGCUGCUACCAUGGGCGGAACGCGAGGUAGCGACGCUCGAGGACGAGGUCAUAUUCACGGAGGUUAUGGCUGAUCUUGUACAAACACACGCCAACACCAUAAGCAUAUUGGCAAGAGGGUUCUUAGAAGCGAGAAAAUACAUCAGCCCGAAGGACGUGACUCGAUUCCUAGACGAGCAUUUGCGGGCGAGGAUUGGGACACGGCUGAUCGCAGAACAGCACCUGGCGCUACAUUUCUCCAGCCAACCGCAUAGCGAGGUGAUGCACGAGACCGAGGAGAACCCAGGUUUCAUAGGCGUUAUCGAUACGAAGCUUCGACCUGCUAGAAUCGUCGAGCACUGCGAUAAUGUUGUGGGCGAGAUUUGCGAGCUAAAAUAUGGCGUUCGACCACAUGUUGUGAUUAAUGGGGAACCAGACUACACCUUCGCCCAUGUACCGGUACAUCUUGAAUACAUCAUUACCGAGCUGCUCAAGAACGCCUUUCGAGCAACGGUCGAAAACGGCAAGGAGCGCGAACCUAUCGAAGUCACCAUCGCUCCUCUGCCAGAAGAGCUCCCAGAGAACAACAACGGCUGUGAGAGUGACGACGCCAGACCGAGGGUCAACAACACCACCCAGGGAACUAUGGAUAUAGCGUCACAGCGCUUCACGGGGAAAACCAGCGCUCAAGCCUCCGCCUCAGACGCUCGCAUCCUACCGCUUGCGCACAGCACUCCCGGCGUCACGAUCCGUUUUCGAGACCGCGGAGGCGGAAUUGCCCCAGAAACCCUGCCACAUAUCUGGGACUAUAGUUUCACGACAUUUAACGAUGACCAAGCGUCACACACGCUGGCGGGACGCUCGAGCGGCAUGGAUGCUUUGAAUAUGAUUUCGGGGCCGGGCGGUGAGGGCGCACACAGCCUAGCAGGGCUAGGAUAUGGAUUGCCGCUGGGAAGAGCAUACGCGGAGUACUUUGGAGGCGGGAUUGCUGUGCAGUCGCUGUGGGGUUGGGGAACGGAUGUAUAUUUAAGUCUGAGAGGCGUUGGAACGUUAGAUGAGUAGGAUCAUGUGGUGCAUACGCUUGAGGGUUGCUAGGCUGGGCUAUUCAGGGCUUUCACGGGGCAUCAGCUAGAUACCAUCCCCAACCGAGAAGGAAUAUCAUCAUUAGGAUUCGUCUAUAGUGAUCUCAACACCAAUGCUUGAU